CUCAGUAUUUUGUUUUUCAGUAUAGAUUAAUUUCAUAAUUAGUUAAUCUCUGUUUUUGGAGAAAGGUAAAACAUCAAUUAAACGAAGAUUAUGGCGACCUUUCAAUUUAGGUCAAAAGAUGUUAUAUAUCUGCAUUCCUAUCAUCUAAAAUAUGGCUAAAACAUGUUUCCAGCUACAAGUUUUACGUGAGUUGGAAUGAAAGAGAUUUUGUGAAACACGAGUAUGUUUGUUUGCAUUUUGAUUCUUUGUGCUAUAAUAUUUUUCAGGUGAAAAAUGUCUUAGACGUAAUGUUUUGUAUGGGAAGUGUUAGAUGUGAUAAUUUUUGAAGAGAAAUUGAUAGAUCAAACAGUGUGAAAAUAGGUUAGAGAACUUAAGUAACAAAUACCAUUGCGUUUGCAAAGAGUAAUGCAUUUACUGCCCUGGAUAUGAGUUAAAUAAAAAUGCAAUGGCACCACAGUAUCUUUGUCACUAGGGUUGUACACUGACCUAAGCUCCCGACGAGUUGGUUGAGCUUGAGCAGAAAUAUGUGGCUAGUUGGCAUUAUUUAUUACUUAAUUUGUUAAUUUUUAAGAAAUACAUAAUUAUUUUACUAUUAAUUGAGCUUGAGUAGGCUUGAGUUUAGACUUUUGUAUUGAAUUGAAAGUUUUUAAGACUGAGCCUUUCUAUAUCAAACUCAGUUUGUUUACAACCCCUACAUGACUCUUUGAAUCACUUUAUGAGUAAUGCCUCAGACAAUGUAUAAGCUACAAGAGUCAAUGAUGUAGCAAUAGUAUGACUCAAAACAUGACUAAAGAGGCAAUCAAUUUGUUACGUACGAAAUUUAGAGUUAGGUUAAAAGCCCAAGGUAAAAAGAAGAAUGGGCCUGGCAAUAGAAUUGGUUGAACCGGCUCAAGGAAAAUAGGUUUAUUUCUACGGAAAGUCCUCAGGACGGAAGGACUUCAGGUCGGGAGGUCCUCAAGACAGAAAGACCUCAGGUCGGAAGGUCUUCAGGUCGGGAGGUCCUCAAGACGGAAAGUCAUCAGGACGGAAGGACCUCAGGUUGGUAGGUCCUCAAGACGGAAAGACCUCAGGUCGGAAGGUCUUCAGGUCGGGAGGUCCUCAAGACGGAAAGUCAUCAGGACGGAAGGACCUCAAGUCGGUAGGUCCUCAAGACGGAAAGACCUCAGAUCGGAAGGUCUUCAGGUCGGGAGGUCCUCAAGACGGAAAGUCAUCAGGACGGGAAGUCCGCAGGUCGGGAGGCCCUCAGGACGGGAAGUCCGCAGGUCGGGAGGCCUUCAGGACGGGAAGUCCGCAAGUCGGGAGGCCUCAGGUCGGGAAGUUCUCAGGUCGGAACUCUGCGGCAGGACCAACAAAUCGGAUGGUUUGUUAGUCGGGAUGUCUGUAGUUAAUCCAAACAAGUCAGAUGGUUUGCAAGUCGGGAGGAUUGGCAGUCGGACCAAUACGGUUGUAGAUUGGCAAUCGGGCCUAAAGGGCGGAAGGUCUGUGGUCGGCUCAAAGAGUGAAAUACAGGGAUAAUUUCGGUCUGCUGAGGACACGUGUCAGCAGGAGAAGGGUUGGAAGACGGUUGGGAAGGAGACGUUGUAACCGUUCGGGUGACGGUUUUCAGUACGGUUUCCCAGAGAAUAUUUAAGGAUUUGGAUCAUCAUUUGGCAAGGCAUCUUCAAUCAACUUCAACAAAGCAAAGUCAGAUUUGGGGAUCACCACUUUAAAUUUCAGUCUUUUAUUUUCCAGUUUAUUUUCUGUACCAUACAGUGUUUAGAGAUUCCUAAUCUCAGGCACUAAUUAAUCAAGUUUAAGGAUAUUCUCUAUAUCUUUGAAUUUUACUUUAUUUUUGUUGAAAAAUUACAUCAACAAAUUGGCGACCACAGUGGGAGCAAGACAAAAUUGCUCAUUCCAAUUCCGGCGAUAAUUUCAUACGUCUUAGAUCCGGCCGUAUCAUCGGAAGGGUCCAUAUGGCAGGUUCACAACCUCAAUCAUCUUCGGCACCGGUGGGAGAAUCCGUUCCACCACCUAUUGUGCCAAAUGCCGGGGAAAUCCCACAACCACCAACUGAUUGGUGGUCUUAUGUUCAACAAAUGAACAACCAGCACACUUUGGUUAUGCAGAAUAUGUUGCGUGAGCAACAAACGAACAUGUUGCGUGAGCAACAGAGUCUGAUGCAGAACAUGAUAGAUCAAGCACUGUCAAGGGUUAGUCUUCAACCCACUCAAACUCCACCAGGAGUAUCACCAUCCAGACUACAGGCAAAUUUCGCAGGGCCAUCAUUCGUGGAUAGUACAUUCCCAAGUGCCACAAAUCCCAACCGAAUGGAUAGGGGAAAAUCUCCUCUGACUUUUCCCAACACUGUUCCACUGGGACCAAGGGUUACCAAUCCGCAGCCGAACAAUACAAGGGAGGACAGGCCUGAAGGAUAUAUACAUGAUCCUAUUCAUAUUCCUGUGCAGGAUCCGUUCCAUGUUCCUGAUCAUCAACGCUUUCAUGUAGAUCCUGAUGAGAUUGCACAUAUAUUAAGAGAUCAGUAUGGAUUAACUCCUCAGAUGGCUAACCGCCCUGCAUAUCAGAGACCUUUCCCAGAAAGGAUCAUUAAUGAACACCCCCUCCCAAGGAAUUAUCGACCACCCGAUUUUCAUGCAUUCUCAGGGGAGGACGGAUCUUCCACCAUAGAACAUGUUGGUCGGUUCACAGCACAAUUGGGAGAAGUUGGUAAUAACCCUUUUUAUAAGUUGCAACUGUUUGGUCUAUCUCUUACUAGAACAACGUUUUCGUGGUUCGCAAGUUUACCUCAUGGGCAAAUUCAGACGUGGGAAGGACUGGAGAUGGCAUUUCAUGCCAGAUUCUUCAAUCCUUUACCAACUGUUUCUUUAACUGAUUUACUAGAAUUGAGACAGUAUCCAGAAGAAUCUGCUUCACAGUUUAUAGAAAGGGUGCGAUUGAUGAAGGGACGAUGUCCUACGGUAAUCAGUGAGAAAGAGAUGACCAAUUUAGUGGUCCGGAAUAUGCAUACUCGCUUAAGAAAGGCACUCACUGCCCUGGAUGUUGAGGAUUUGGCAAGUCUUGCAUCCAAGGCAGGACGUUUAGAGUCUUUGUUCAGAGAGGAAGAUCAACAUAACAGGCGUAAUAGAGGCCAACAUAUGGCGAGUAUGGGAACAGAAACAUGUGACUUUGAUUUUAAUCAGUCAGAAGAGAUGGCAGCCGAAAUCCUUUCUGGAAAACCUUAUGUAUGCCCCAAAUUGAAGCCAGUACCAGGAUCUGAAGGAAAGGAGCAACCGACGUUUGAUAGUUCGAAAGCUGAUGAAAUCUUUGAUAUCCUACUGACUGAUGGGCAGAUCCGUAUUCCAAAGGGGCAAAGAUUGGCCACUAAAGAAGAAAUCAAAGGGAGACCAUAUUGUAAGUGGCAUAAUUCUUUCACACACAAUACAAGUCAGUGUACUCAUUUCAGGAAGGAAAUUCAAAAGGCUAUCAAGACAGGUCGGCUCAAAUACAUCACUCUAGGUGUAGACCAGCAACCGUUUCCGAAAGUAACAACGGCUAUGUUUGACAUCCAACCAAGUUCGGAAACAGGGAAAAAUUCGGCCAAUAGUGGACAAACAGGGGAACGAACUCAGGCAAGCCCCGGAACAAAAAAAGGAAGUCAGCCAAACAGUGGCCGACCGGAAGAACGACUCAAAGUUGUUGAAAAGCCAGUCGCUGAAAAAUGGGACCAUCCAGACGGUUCUUUUAAUGUGGAGGUGAAAGAAAGGGUUUUAGUGCGUGACCACCCGACCAGAAAAACAGGGUCAGUCGGGAACAAUUGGGCUCGAAAUAAAAAGCCUUUACCAGUUGAUAUAGAUCCUCGUUUCCCAGGUAUGAAUCGUACACAGAUUCGCAAUGCCAAACGCAGGUAUGCUGCGAAGUAUGGGAAACGAGUUCCUUCAGCAAAACAACUAACCGACGAGCAAAACGCAGCCGACUGCUUGGCAGGAGAUCAGUCCAUUCGGGUCUUUACAGAACAAACAACCAACGAGCAGGGAGCAGCCAUGCAAUCUCCAAAAAGUCGGUCCAGUCGGGUCUGUUCAAGAAAGCAACCGAACGACGGAUUAGACGCUUCAGAUUAUACUAAAGGAAGUUCGUCGGGACAGAGGAAAGGUAAAGGAAUAUCAGAUGAAAUAAUUAGAGGUUUUAGAUGCCAACAUUGUGAACGGAUCAACAUCAAUCCAUCUCUUGAAGAAUUCCGUAUAGAAUCUUUGACGGCUCAAUCUCGGAAUAAGACAAAGGAAGAAGUUGUAACUACAGAGGAAAAUUUGAGAUCUGUUAAAUCUCGUCUGGGACCACGAAUCCCUUGUCGAAUGACAGAGAUUAAUCAGAUGAGAGAUGAACCGAUGUGGGCGAGUCUGGUAGAUGAUACUAUGGACGAACCUUUAUGGGCAUUCUUGGCAGAUGACGAAUUAGAGGAAACAGAGUGGGCAAAGACUUCAGAUUCCGAGCCUCAGCCGGAGGCACCUUCGAUUGUGUUUCCUCCUAUUCCAGAGGGUGCGAUCUCCCAUUUGAAGCCUCUGUAUGUUAAUGCUCACAUUUGCGGGAAACCAAUCACAAAGGUUUUUGUGGAUAAUGGAGCAGUCUUUAAUGUUAUGCCAUUGAAGACUCUCAAGAAGCUAGGGAAAGGAAUUCAUGAUCUGUCUCCUGUGAAAUUCGAAAUGACAAGUUUUACGGGGCAGCCGACUAAGCCUGAAGGCAUGAUGGUUGCCACAAUUGAAGUCGGACCAAAAAAGAUCUCCACUGUUUUCUUUAUUGUGGACGCAGAUACUACAUACUCUCUCUUGCUGGGACGAGACUGGAUUCAUGCCUCUCAAUAUGUGCCAUCAACCCUGCACCAACAAUUAAUGUUUUGGGAAGGAAAUCAGGUCUUCAAAAUGGAAGCGAAUGACAACCCAUUCGAUGUAUCAGAACAAGUUGAAGAGUCAGUGUUUUAUUCCAGUCAUUUGGCUCCGAUGUCUCAGUUGUAUAUGGCCAGGGAAUACCCAAACAAGGGUUAUAAAGUCACUGGCCAGAACUCGAUGUUCUAUUAAAAGAACACCUUUAUUGUAU